AUGUUGUCCUGCUUUGGAUCUUUCUUUCCUUUCCAGAAUACGUUAACCAUGAAAAAUCGGAAUGUACGAAAAGGUCGGCUAUUCGGAACUCCGCCUUACCCAAAACCGCAACUUGGGAAACAUUUCAGGAACGUGCAAGUAUCGCUUAAUUUCCCGCGAUUCUAUAUCACAUACUGGAUGUCGCAUUCAUCUGAUUACGGGUUCCGAGUAAUAUCGGAUGGUUUAAACUUGCUCGCCUCGAUGAAGCUGACCGUACAGGCUGAGGCCGAAUCGGGUAUCACACGCCGUCGCAGUUACGUAUGGAUACCUCAGCAUGUAUCAGCAACUCUUUGGGGAACUCAGGUGCACGUCUACAGCAACGGUCAUACCCCUUCUGUUGACGGCCUAUCGUCUAGCGACGAAGAAACGUUUUUGUUGGGCUUGACUCGAGUAUCUUACGUUCGAGAGAAUAACCGUGGACGCGAUGCACCCCAGCAUAGAUUGACAGCACAUGACCUAAAGGCCUCAUGGACAGCGCAGAAUCGCGAUGCUUGCAUAUCAAUAGCAGAUGGAGUACAUCGUGCCCAUAUGCUUCGCAGAAUUCUCAGCAACGAUGCUUUGAAGAUCCUAAAACUGCACAUGGAAGAGGAGGCCCAGUCGUCUCCUUCGGAUGUUCCACGAACUGAUGAUUCGACACCUAAGGGUGACCGUGGUCAUCGCCGUGGUUACAGUAUGUCCGAUCAUAACCAGUCACUGCUCAAUCAAUUAAUUGGAGAAGCAAGCACGAAACUUGUAGCUCACUGUGAACAAGGUGAGUUCGCUGUAGUUUUCCCAAUACUGGACUUUUGCAGGGAAUCCUCGCACAACGAUCCGAUUGUGGUGAAAAAAGUAGGUCUGAAUUGA